AUGCUGGUCAGCCGACAUCUUGUGCUCAUUUCGGGAGAUUCCGUUAUCCCUUGGCCCAAAAGAACAAAGAUCACGGUCGUGCCUAAGCCAAUCAACAAUUCGAUUGUACACCGGAUGAUUGAAAACGAAAGCUUGAAUGAGGAAUUUCUGGAUAUCCUUCUCGCUGCUUCUCAGUACGAGUGCUCGGAUGCGCGAGAUAAAGUUUUCGGCGUCCUAGGUCUUGUGGACGAAGCUAUCAGACCUGACUAUUCACUAUCCGUUGAAGAUGUUUACACGGGCGUCGCUGCAUAUCUGGCCACCUAUCUCAGAGAUAUGAGAAUCCUGAAUUUUGCAGGAUCAGCUCGGUCAAAUCUCGACAUCCCAUCUUGGGUCCCAGACUGGACUCAGAAGCAAGCUCUCCAGUUCCCCAGUCACGAGCAUGCUAGCACUGAUCCCGGCAUGGAUGGGAUGAGAUCCUCGUUGACCCCAAGUCAAGAGCCUUGCAAUGCUCUGGAAUCAGAUUAUGUUCUCACAAUGGACGCUGGCAAUUAUCCUCCAUACUGGCGGAAAGAGGUCACCGUCGAGCCGUCUUUCCAAGAGACAAUCAAGGGAACGUUUACACGCGAAUUGUUCGGCUUUACGACGACACCAAGGCCCUUAUUCCAAGAGGGUGUUUCUGUCUUCUUGCUGCAGGGAAUGGAGCAUCCUGUUCUUCUACGCUACUUGCCCGAAAAAGAGGCGUAUUCUUUACUGAGCACCUGUGUGGUCUCAUUUCGACAACCAAGAUCUCAAGCGGAGUAUUUCCCAUGGGAAGUGGAUUCUUCGGAUUCUUCAACUCAGCCUUUCUCUAACUUGCUCAAUGUCUAUCGAAUUACUACUGAGGAUAUGGAUCGAAUUGUCGAAUUUGACUCUCGUGUACUUGACGUGAUCUGGCGACGCCAAAACAUAACCCCCGACCCCGACCACCGCACAUUCUUCCACUCGAUGACCAGGUUCAUGGAUCUCGUGGAAAUAUUUUUCCUGGAGAUUCAUAGAAUCGAAAAGACCCUGAGGGACUGUUGGAAAGACUACGAGAGCAGGCUCGGUUUGAUGUUCCAGGACCCUGGAAAAGUGUGGUCCUUUGUUGAGCAUCUUGGAGAGCAAGACGACGAAAUACGCGGCACGGAGAAAAUGCCCCGAGCAGAUAAAUUGAAUACGGCAUGGAAAGAUUUCCCUAAAGGGAAAUUACCGUACGAAUAUACAUGGGAUCUGGAACGGUUCUGCCUGUCAUUUGUUUCGGGGUCCUCGGCACCUCCACCUCCUGUGGAUUCGCUUGAAGAUGACGAUGUCGAGCCUGAGGAUUUAAUUUCUAACAUGGGUGAUAUAAGAGCGUGGGCAGAGACAACUGAGAAGCUACUGAGAAUAAUGUCAUUUACGGAGAAGCACAUGAGCUCGAGUUGGCCAUCGUUUCCAGGAAACGACAUGGCACGAACGUGGCUCGCGCCAUUUGAGACCGGUGUUUGGAAAUGGGAGAAAUUCAGAGCUUCACUUGUGGCUAGGGAGAGUAUUUGGGAAAUUUUGAUACCUGAAGAACUGGAUCCGAGGGUCAAUCAUAAUAUCAAGAUGCGCUUCAUCAUGAAUCAGCUGGGUCUGGUCGAGGAGGAAAUGCAAGUAACGAUUAUAUAG